AUGAAAUAUUUUGUGAAAGGAAGAAAUAAUGUAAUAGAAGAUUACGCACACAGAAUGGUGAACGUGGGUGCAGAUGCUACAUUAACGCAGGAGGAAUUGGAAAAAUUAUCGUCAUAUACGAAUUUCUAUAGUAAAUUCAAAGAUGGUUGUGUAGAUUGUGGUGAUGAAUCCGAACAAAAAUUCAUGGGUGCCUUAGUAGGAUGUGAUGAAAUUGAGCACUAUAAGGGAAAAAUUGCAAAGGCCUUAUGUUGUAUAGCCGACAUGAAGAAGAGGACGGAAAGUCGAUUAUAUCAUAUCGGCUGUAAUUUCUUUUAUUAUUGGAUGACCAAUAUAAUAAUUUCGGGGCAGCACAGUGGUAAAUUAAAGGACAUAACAAAAAUAGUCCUACCAAAAUUGAAGGAGCUCUAUAAAGGAAGUAACUGUGAAAUUUUGGACAAAGACACUACUGAUACAAAUACCCUAAAAAAGAGGAAAACCAUAUUCGACUACUACAUUGAGUGCGAAAUCAUAGGAAUGCUCGCACUGAGAAAUCAAUCCCAGUGCACAGAAAAAUAUGGAAAAUAUUUGGAAGGGAUUGUUGCAAUAUAUGAAGAAGUGAAAAAGGAGUGUCAAGGAAGAUUGGGGAAUGAUGAAUAUUGUAAGGGAAUAAAGGAUGUAUUCGAGGAUAAAUGCGAUCCAAAAAAGUUAAAAGCAAAGUGUACAGCAUUAUCGAAACCAGGGAGUGCAUCAUCGCAGGAUAGCCUUGGACCCAGACCUGAACCUGGAUCUGGUCCUGGUACCACUUCCAAUGGUGGAACUUUUGCCAUCCCAGCAGCGUCCUCCAUCUUAGGAAUAGUAGGAUUACCAUCGAUAAUUUUCCUUCUAUAUAAGUAUACUUCUAUAUUCUCUGGAAUACGUGGAACCCUUUCCGGUGGAAACAACAGCAGAAAAAGAGAAGGAAGAUCUACCAUCGGACAUGAAUUAAACACAUCAGAAGACGAAAACGAUGAUUUUAUUUCAUAUGCAACAACAACAGUGGGUUCAUCAUCAAAUCUGUCAACAGACCAUUCGACGGAUCAAUCUACCAUAUAUGAUAUAUCACCCAAAAGAGGAACAAGAGCAGGAAGGGCAGGAACGAAUAUGACAAAUAACAAUAAACCAGGCCACCAUCAAAGAAAGAAAAGCCAACAACAACAGAGACAAAGCCAACAAAAGUCAAGAAAUAUAGCUUAUCAGAACAUGUAA